CUAAUGGAUGAAUGUCUAGUUAGUUUCCAGUUCUUGGCCAUCAUAAAAGCUGCUGCUUUAAAUAUUUUUGUAUAUUUGAAUCAUUUUUCUCUAAUUUUGGAUUUCAUCUGGCUAAAGAUAGGCCUCUUAGUGAUAUCACCAGAUUUAAGGGUAUGCACAGGUUAAGUGAGUUUGUGAUCAUAACUCCACACUGCUUUUCAAAAUGACUGGACAGUUCGUAGCUCCAUUAACAGUGCAAUUCCUUUUUAAUUUUGUAAUUUAAAACAAAUAGAAAAUAGAUAAGAAAAAACCAAAAUAGACAAAAAAAAUUAUCAAGUGCAUAGGAGAACAUGAGAGGAUUCAAAAUAUGUAAUAAUAAAUUUCCAUUUCGAGAAAGCAUAUAUAAUAAUAGAGCAUAUUGCAUUCAGAAUUAUCUUUUUUUUUGUUUCCUUGUAGGUUUUCUUUUGUUCUCUGCUCUUAAUUUUUUACUUUAUACUUUCCCCCCUUUUUUCCAUCCCCACUUCUAUCCCCAAGCAGGUUACAGUUAAACAGAAAUAUUGUUGUGUUUAUAUACACAUGUAUAGAUUCACACACACACACACAUAUAUAUACCCCAUAUAUCUAUCAUUCACACAAACAUACACACACAGAUAUAAAUAUGCAGCCUAUCUAUCUUAAACACACACACACACACACACACAUAUAUAUGUAUUAUAUAUAUCGAUACUCUAUCAUUCACACAAACAUAUCUAUCUGCCUAUCUACAUAUAGAUACGUAUUGUUCCUUCUUUAACCCAUUCCCAAUAUGAGUAAAUUUUCAGAAUUACCAGCCCUCUUCUCCUAUCUAAUUCCUCUAUCAGUUUUUGAUCUUGCACUUCAUUUGUAUAGCAUAACUAUUUUUACCUUUUCUUGCAUGUUUUUGUUUUUUAUAACAUCAUAUUCAGCUCUACCCCAAUCUUUCUUUUGGACUACAUAAAUACUAAUGACAAUGUUAAAGAUAUAGUUUACAUUUCUUUGUAUAAAAUAUAAACAGAUUCUCUUUAUUAAAUUUCUUGAAAUGAUAUAUCUUAUUUAUCAAAUUUUCUAUUGAGUUCAGGUUUGUUUGCCAAAAAAUCCUGAAAAUCUGACAAUUCAUUGAAUGUUCAUUUUUUUCCCAUUCAAUAUUAUGCUUAAUUUUACUGUAUAUGGUAUUUUUGGCCACAACUCUAAUUUGCUGGCUUCAAGCACUUACAAGAGGGUCAAGUUCUUGGUUUGGGUAUCCAGACUACAGAGGAGAACUAAAGAGAGACCUGAAACCAGAGGCACCAUUCCCUACCCUGUCCCUUGAUUAAAGGCAAUUAUACUAACAAACUCUUACUUUAAAAAUAAAUAAAUGAGCAGGUGAAGGAGAAAAAGCACUCAACCAUGGAAAGUUACUACAGGAAUAGAGAAGACCAGAGUUCAUCUUCAGAGGAUACUAAAGUUUAAAAAAAGUCUCUCCAAUCCUCAAAAAUAACAUUAAAUGGUUAACCCCAAAACAAUUCAUAGAGUGUUAAGGACCAUGCCUAAGUGAUCAUUACCCUCUUUUUUCCCUCCCCGGAAGGGGCAGGUCAAUUCUCCACAGCUGUGAAUCAUAACACUUGAAGGAGUUACAAAGCAGCUUUCACAGAUUUCCUUGUGGCUUGGGAAUGAAAUAAAUUGGAGGCAAGAGGGAAGAGGAGAGAGGUCAGAGAACGCAACUGUUUCUCAGUCUCCUUGUAUCAUCAAUCAUCAUCAAUCAUCAUUAAUCAUCAUCAAUCGUCAUCUGCUCACAUAAAGAGAUCCAUUCUACAGGUCUGAGUUAGACCUCCAGCAGCCAUGGCAGGUAGCUCCCAUAUCAUAAUAAAUACAUGUUAAAUAAGUUCAAAUAUAUGUUAAAUCCAAUAUAUCUACAUAUUUAUACAAAAUAUAUACAUAUUUUGCUGCACAAGAAAAAUUCAAUUUAGAAAGAAGGUAAAAAUAACUUGGGAAAGAAAACAAAAAUGCAAACAAAUAACAGCAAGAGUGAAAAUGCUAUGUUGUGAUCCACACUCAGUCCCCACAGUUCUCUCUCUGGGUGUCGAUAGUUCUCUUCAAUAGUGAACUAUUGGAACUGGUUUGAAUCAUCUCAAUGUUGAAGAAAGCCAUGUCCAUCAGAAUUGAUCAUUGUUUAGUCUUGUUGCAUGUAUAAUGAUCUUUUGGUCCUGUUCAUUUCACUCAGCAUCAGUUCAUGUAAGUCUCGCCAGUCCUCUCUGUAUUCAUCCUACUGGUCAUUUCUUACCAAACAAUAAUAUUCCAUAACAUUCAUAUACCACAAUUUACCCAGCCAUUCUCCAAUUGAUGGGCAUCCAUUCAUUUUCCAGUUUCUUGCCACUACAAACAGGGCUGCUACAAACAUUUUUGCACAUGUGGGUUCCUUUCCCUUUUUAAAGAUCUCUUUGGGAUAUAAGCCCAGUAGUAGCACUGCUGGAUUGAAGGGUAUGCACAGUUUGAUAACUUUUUGAGCAUAGUUCCAAAUUACUCUCCAGAAUGGUUGGAUUCAUUCACAGUUCCACCAACAAUACAUCAGUGUCCCAAUUUUCCCAGAUCCCCUCCAACAUUCCACAUUAUCUUUCUCUGUCAUUCUAGCCAAUCUGACAGGUGUGUAGUGGAUCUCAGAGUUAUCUUAAUUUGCAUUUCUCUCAUCAAUAGGGAUUUGGAACAUCUUUUCAUAUGACUACAAAUAAUUUCAUUUUCUUCAUCUGAAAACCAUCUGUUCAUAUCCUUUGACCAUUUAUCAAUUGGAGAAUGCCUUGAUUUCUUAUAAAUUUGAUUCAAUUCUCUAUAUAUUUUGGAGAUGAGGCCUUUAUUAGAACCCUUGAAUGUGAAAAUGUUUUCCCAGUUUAUGUAACAAUGUCUUGAUCUCACAUGGACCUUUUAUUAUGCCUUUCCUCAUUUCAAGUUUAUGUGGUAAAAAUUGCAUUGCUCACCCAUCGUGAGAAUACCAUCACAUGAGAGUGACAUUUUAUAAACCCAACAGAACACCAAGCUCAUGUUUUCAAUAGCUGAGACAGCUGUUCUUGUGACCAUUUGAAAGGAGAAGAAAGAAGGGUGAGGGGGAGACAAGAGAGGAUGUUGCGAUAAGACUGCUACUGACUGCCAGACUGCUGGGAGCCUCGAGUUCAGAGGUGGGAGGGGAGAGAGCAGUUUUGUUAGUGCCUUUUUUUAAGAUGGAGAAUGAGAAACUACUUUGAGAUAGAAAAUUCUUUUAGCAAGGGAAAGCCCUCCAUUCAGGCAGUGAAGAGUGAGGGGGGUGUAUCUAAAGAGGGCCUUGGUGACGGAACCCAGAGGCUAGGUGUUUGGAAGAGAGAUAAGGGUAAAGAGGAGGCUGGCCGUAGGAUAAGGAUGAAAGGUAAAGGUUACGCAGGUCAAGAUGGGGAGAGCAACGUCUUCCCACCACGUCACCACGUGACCAGGAGCAGGUCACUCGGUUUUAGCUUCCUUACUGCACUGUGACCUCCUAGGUCUCUUCCUAAAUCUGUGAUGCUAUGCAAGAGCAAAAUGAGUGAAAAGCAAAUGCCAAGAUCCCGGUGCUUUGACUACUAUAACAACUAGAAAUAUCAGUUAUGGUGAUCCUAGCCCAAGGGCGGCCAGAGAGGUGCCGAGCCCUAGCGAUAGGAAUCUCUCCUCUCCUAAUCUCUCCCACUGUUUUCCAAUCCCUUUCCUUUGGGAUGACCUCCACUUUCUCUUGUCUUGUAUGUACACAAUUGUUUGUGUGGUCGCCCCCGUGAGGAUGUCAGCUUCUGGGGACCAUCAAAAGCGUAUUUACCUUUCUUUGUAAAGUCAACAAGCAUCCAUGAAGCGCCUACCGUGUGCCCCGCACGGCGUUAAGCGCUAGGCAUGCAUGAGAUUGUAAACUCCGAGGGUAGAGACUGUUUUUGCCGUUCUUUGUAAUCUGCAGUAUUCAGCCAAGUGCCCGGCACACGACGGACGCUUCUUAGAAGCUUGCUGACUUGACCUGACUUUUCCGGAAGCGACCCCAGCACCGCACCCCAGGCCGCAGCGCCCGCAGCGGGCAGGCAGGAGGAGCCAGGACUCUGAGGCAGGGCCCCAGCAAGAGCAAGCCCUCUAUCGGAGCGCCUGCGCGCCUGCGCGGGAGGGGAGGUGGUGUAUGCUCCAUUCUUGCCCGGAUCCACUGAAAACAAUCUCUGGCCGGACGCCGCCUCCGGCUCGGCCCUAGCUCUCUUUCUAGUUUCUUCUCUCACUCAUUCCCUCCCUUCUCCCUCGUUUGCUCCCUCCUUUCUCUCUGGCUCGCUCCUUCCUUUCUCGCUGGCUCGCUCCCUCCUCCCUCGUUCCCUCCCUCGCUCGCUAGUCUCGGCGCCUCGGUCGGCAGCGGGAAUCCGGCGAGAGCCGGGCGGGACGUCGGCAGGGACGAGAGGAGGAGGUUUUUUGGACAUCACCCACUUCUAGUUCUCCUGUUUGCCUGCUUCUCCUCUGACUUCGGGGCUUGAUCCUCUUCCAGAUAAGAGUCUCUAACCAUAGGUGCAAGAGUGCUAAAAUAUUAUUAAAACCACAACUAGGAUGGACAGUUAUUUUAAAGCUGCUGUCAAUGACUUGGACAAACUCCUUGAUGAUUUUGAACAGAGCACAGAUGAACAUGAUCAUUACCACAUGGAAGAAAAUUCAUAUAAUUCCAACUACUGUUCAGUUUCUUCAGAAUUGCCUUCCUCAGAACCAGUUCCUCCAGCACCCAAAGAUCAACAAUAUUUUAGUAGUGGAACCACCUCAGAAAUACUCUGUGGAACAAAUCAGGCUGCAAAAAAUGGAAAAAAACUUGGAGGAUUAACAUCUUCAAUACAAAAUGAAAAAAAUGUAACAGGACUUGAUCUUCUUUCAACUGUGGAUGGUGGCUCUUCAGACGAAAUUCAGCCUUCAAGCUUGGGACGAUGUGGUAUUCCAGUCUGUGAUCUUAUCAGUGACAUGGGUAAUUUGGUUCAUGUAACAAGUAGUCAUGAAGAUAUUCACACAUUGCCAUCAGAUAAUUUCCAAGCCAAUACAGAAUCAUUGAUUGGCUUAGAUUUGUCUGUUAUGCCAGCUACUAUUUGUGCUUCAUCAGAAGACCAUGCUUAUGGUGACAUUUCCGAUGAACAAAAUGAUGAAGGCAAUUCUGUAUUACAAAAACUAGAAAAUGUUGCAACCAAAGAAUUGAGUUUAAAAAUAGAUACUGCAUUUUUAAUGUCAUAUGAUCAUAAUAGAACAGACACUUUAGAAGACAAAAAGAUAAAUGAUCAACUAGAACAAACUCAUGGCCUUAACUCUGUAUAUGCCUUGACACAACAGAACCCCAAAACAGUUGAUUCCAAAGACAAAAAACACAACUUGCCUUGUGAGUUGUUUAAAGAUGAUAAAUCCUUAGUUAGACAGGCGGUAAUUGUGGCAGGCAGAAAUCAGACAACAGAGUCCAAGGAAAUAGACAGCAUGAGUGUUGCCUGUGACCUUCCAAAAAAUGAAGGCUUAUGCACAAAUGAUUCAAAUAUAAGAGAUGAAAAGUAUCACUUAUCUGAUUCCUCCUUUCAGGAGGAUAGGAUUUCUUUACUUAGAAAACUACCUGCAGAAGAAAAUUCAUGCAAUUUAGACCUUAGAAGUAACAGUGAUAUGAUCCACGAUGUCUCUUCGACUUUACAUAUUUCUAGUAAAGAAGUAGAAUCCUCAUUGUCCUGCCUUCCAAUAUCUGUGUCUAUGUGUGGCUCACUAAUUGAAAAUGAAGAUAAAAGUGAUAUUUUGCCUCAGAAGGAACAAGCUGAUAGCACAACGCAAGAUGUCAUAACUGUACAUGAAGAAAUACCCAAGAGUAUUGUUUUAGAUGAACCAUUUAAAGACGCUGAACCCUCUAAACAAGAUGAACAUACAAAUAUAAUUGACCAAAUGUUUGUUGAAAAUCUGGCAGGUGGAAAGUUGCAUCUUGGCCAGCUGACUAGCAGAACUGAGCCUUCUGAACACCAUUAUACUGAUUUUUCUAUUGCAACAGACUCCAAAAUAGAACAUUCUGAUGAUAAUAUUCUGUCACUUCAUGAUCAUCGUGAAGGUAACACUUUUUCAAGUAGUAGUGGUAUUAGGCAGGAAUUAGAUUACUUUAAUAUUGAAGAAGACUUAACAAGCGACACUCUAAUUAGUGAUGCUGAACUUGAUGCCUUUCUAACUGAACAGUAUCUUCAGACCACUAGUGUUCAGUCACUGGAAGAAAAUGCAGAUGUGAACACUCACUUGAAUGAAAUGAAUGUGAAAGACUUAGAUAGUGAAAAGACUAAUAAUAUGUAUUUAAACAAUAAAGAUGUAGUAAAGAGUGGAAUUUCUCAUAUUACUAGUAUUUGUGGAGCAGUUGAUAAGCAGUGUACAUCAGAGGAUGGUGGUCUGUCUUUAGGAGAAAAAGAUAGAUUUCCUAUUCAGCAAGGAAUGUCUAACAAUAAGCCUGAGGUUGUUAAUGAAAUGUCUGGCUCAGAUAUUAAUAGUCAGAUGGCACAUGCUGGAGGAGCCAGACCUAAGCAAUUACUUAACUUUCCAUCAAGAACAACUAGUCCAAAGGAUCUAAGUAAGCCUAAAGUACAAAAUGUAGCAGAAAUGGAACCCAGUGUAGCAAAUUCUGUCUCCUCCAAAGCUUGUUCUGUGGACAUUGCAUCUGAACUUAACAUAAGCUACAAUGUUGAUACUGAAAAUAGUUUGGAAGCUGGAGACACUUGUACUAUAACAAACAAAGACCCUGUUUCUUUAGCUGAAAAGACAUGUAGAGAAGGCGUGGUUUUAGGGCAAAAGCAGCCUUCCUGGGUUCCUGAUUCAGAAGCUCCAAACUGUAUGAACUGCCAAGUCAAAUUUACUUUUACAAAAAGGCGCCACCACUGCCGAGCAUGUGGAAAAGUAUUUUGUGGUGUCUGUUGUAGCAGGAAGUGCAAACUCCAGUAUUUGGAAAAAGAAGCAAGAGUCUGUAUUGUCUGCUAUGAGUCUAUUAGUAGAGCACAGGCAUUUGAAAGAAUGAUGAGUCCAACUGGUUCCACUACUAAAUCCACUAUUUCCUCUGAAUGUGCCACAGCCCAGACUUCUCAGGAUAACCAGAUGUCUAGUGCACCUAACACCCCUUCACCAUCAGCUUUACCUACCUCAGCACUUAAACAACCAAGUAUUGAAGGUCUGUGUUCCAGAGAACAGAGGAGAGUAUGGUUUGCAGAUGGUAUUUUGCCCAAUGGUGAAGUUGCAGAUACAACAAAAUUAUCUUCUGGAGGCAAAAAGUAUUCUCAGGACAUGAGUCCUGUCUUACCUGAUGUGCACAUGAUUGUGAACGCAGUGGAUCAUCAUCCUUCCCUGGAAGUGGAAAAGUCCAAAGAUGAAAUAGCAGAUACUGCAAGACAAGAGAAAUUACAAAGUCCCGUUUCUGUAGUCCCGUCUGCAGAAGAAUUGCCCAUUAAUGCCGUAACUGAGAUGUUACAGAAUUCUCUUUCUUCUUUUGUAUCUGACAGUGAAACACCCAUUACUACAACAGUUGAGAAAUCGAGUUCUGUUUCAGUUGUUCCAGCAUAUGACAAUUUAUCUGCUGGUAGUUCCUCAGAUUAUAGGUUGCUGUGUGGUAUUGAUAAAUGUGUUAGGAAAGAUAUCAACCUUAUACCUAAUGAUGAGGAUGGCUUGCCCCCUCUCCUUGUAGCAGCUGGAGAAAGAGGAGAAGAUCCUGUAGUAGAAGAAUGUCCAUCUCAGGAGCAAGUCAUUUCACUCCUUGAACAUGGAGGAUCUAGUCCAGUUACAUUUAUCCUAAAUGCCAAUCUUCUUGUAAAUGUCAAGUUAGUAAUUUAUUCUUCGGAAAAAUAUUGGUACUUCUCAACUAAUGGACUACAUGGUUUGGGUCAGGCAGAGAUUUUCGUUCUUUUGUUCUAUUUGCCAAAUGAUGAUAGAAUUCCUAAGGACAUCUUCACUCUAUUUCUCAACAUUUAUAAAGAUGCAGUAAAAGGAAAAUACAUAGAAAACUUGGAUAGUAUUACCUUUGCUGAAAGUUUUCUCAAUAGCAAGGAUCAUGGAGGAUUCCUAUUUGUUACACCUACUUUUCAGAAACUUGAUGAUCUCCCAUUACCAAGUAGCCCUUUUCUUUGUGGAAUUCUCAUCCAGAAGCUGGAAAUUCCUUGGGCAAAAGUUUUUCCAAUUCGCUUAAUGUUGCGAUUGGGAGCAGAGUAUGGAGUAUAUCCCACACCUUUAACAAGUAUCAGAUGUCGAAAACCUCUUUUUGGAGAAAUAGGACACACUAUUAUGAACUUACUUGUUGACCUCCGAAAUUAUCAGUACACUUUGCAUAAUAUAGAACAGCUGUUGAUUCACAUGGAAAUGGGUAAAAGCUGCAUAAAAAUACCUCGAAAAAGAUACAGUGAUGUGAUGAAAGUUAUAAAUUCUUCCAAUGAGCAUGUCAUAAGCAUUGGAGCUAGUUUUAGUAUAGAAGCUGAUUCUCAUCUAGUCUGUGUUCAGAAUGAUGGAGUUUAUCAAACACAAGCCAACAGUGCAACUGGCCAUCCUAGAAAAGUGACUGGUGCAAGUUUUGUGGUAUUCAAUGGAGCUCUAAAAACAUCUUCAGGAUUUCUUGCUAAAUCUAGCAUAGUUGAAGAUGGUUUGAUGGUACAGAUAACUCCAGAGACAAUGGAAGGCUUACGGCUAGCUCUAAGAGACCAAAAAGACUUUAAAAUUACAUGUGGGAAAGUAGAUGCAGUGGACUCAAGAGAAUAUGUGGAUAUUUGCUGGAUAGAUACUGAUGAAAAAGGAAACAAAGGUGUUAUUAGUGCAAUAGAUGGAAAAUCAUUGGAAGGAAUUCCAAGUGAAAAAAUACAACAGGAAGCAGAUUUUGAAACUGAUGAGAAACUCGUAAAAUGUACUGAGGUAUUCCAUUUCUUAAAGGAUCAGGACUUUACAAUAUCAGGAAGUCGUUACCAGUUUGCUAAAGAGAUAGCAAUAGCUGGCAGUGCUGCACUUUGUUCACAUCUUAAAACUCUAAAAAGUAAUGGGAUGAAUAAGAUAGGACUCAGAGUUUCCAUUGAUACAGAUAUGGUUGAAUUUCAGGCAGGAUCUGGAGGCCAGCUUCUUCCUCAACAUUUCUUAAAUGAUCUUGAUAGUGCUCUAAUUCCAGUGAUUCAUGGUGGGACCUCCAAUUCGACUGUUUUACCAUUGGAGAUAGAAUUAGUGUUUUUCCUUAUAGAAAAUCUGUUUUAGCAAAAAUAAGUGCUAUUAUGCAUUAUAAACUGAUUUGUUAUAAUUAACUUCAGCACCAAAGCUGUAAUAAGACACUAAAGUAGAUGUUUGAUAUUAAAUGUUUGAGCUUAGCAUUUAUUAUUGAGAUUAAACAUUUAAAAAAUCUAGCACAGUAUAGAUAACCCAAAAGUUUCAGGUAUCCACAAUUUCUGAAACUUUACACUUUCUUUAAAAAGUUCUUUUAAAAAAGAGCAGUCUUUUGUCUUUGGGAAAUCUGCAACAUUUAUUGUGCUGGUUUUAAUGCUAAGCCAAAGUAUCUGCAAUUAGCUAUACCUCUUUAUGUCCACAACUGUUUUAAUGAAAAUUCUUAAUAAAUGUCACCUAAAUCAGGAACAUCUUUUGCAUAUAUGCAAAUAAAUAUACCCCCAUUUACAAUUUGUAUGUCAGUGGCAUAGAACUGUUUUCAUAUCCCAGAGAGUGUAUAAGUACAAUAAGAGUGCUGAUUUGUAUUAUGAGCAUCAGCUGACUAUGUACUUAAACUCUUGAGUAUUUGGCUAACAAUAUGGAUUUUGCCUUUUUUCUUCUCCAGAGUUAGUAUCUGGAUUUUUCCUGAUUAAAUAUACAUAAAUCAAAUGAUUGUAGGUGCUUUAGGAACUUGUGCUUCUAUAUGUAAGUGUAUUUUUUUUUAAUAGAGAAAAUGACUCAAGUCUGUGUUUUAUAACUGUAUCUUUAAUAAUUUAUAAAUGAGUGAUAUUUUUAUACUAUAGUGAUUUCUUCUCCUUCUUACAACCCUUUACAGUAUAUAUCAGUAUAUUUACAACUUCCUUGAAUGAUUGACGAUAGGCCAGACAGAUGACCCUUGAAGUAGUCCUUAUGUAGCAAUAAAUGAAGCAUAAAGCAAGGUUUCUUUUUCUUUUUCAUUAAUCCUUGAAACCUAUUUAGCAGCCCUGUUUUACUUUCAGGGAAAACUAUUAAUGUCAAUUUUCAUGAACUACUUUAGGAUAUUUGAAAUUCUUUUUAUAGUACUUAUUUUUGAUAAUGGGGUAUUAACAGAAGUUAAACUCUAUGUAUUUUUAUGUAUUUGCAUUAUGAACAAAAUCUGUGCCUGAAUAUAAAGGUUCAGUGAACCCUCCUCCCCUCCCAAUCAGGUUUGACAAUUAACUGUUACAUAGCUUCCCUCUUUGCUACAAAUAGAAAAAAAAUAGUAGUGGAGAAGCAAAGGGUGCAUUUCAAUUAGUGCUAACAAAGGGUUGUAGGAACCUAACCAUUAUUUAGAUGCCUUUUUGAUUCUCAUGUGGGAUAUUUAUAUGUUUUUGUAUCAAAAACACUCCUUAUGUAUAGAUCAAGAAACAUCACACUAAUUAACCCUGUUUUAAGAAAUAUACAAAGUAACAACUUGAAUACACACAGGUCAGAGUUAUAACUCAGGAUCCAAAGUCUCAGGAUAGAAGAGAUUGGGGAUAUUGGUAAAUAAAAACAUCCAGUUUCUGUUGAACUACAUCUCUAAUAAUUAGUCUAAGACAGCAGUGGUACAGAAUAACCACUCUUCUGAAGAGCUAAUUUAGCAGGUGUAAAUAUUGUUAAAUUUGCAGAUAUUUAGUGAAAUGGCAGUGUGAUAACUUGUGAAGUAUACUGUAACUGUAUAAUAUAAAAGCAAUUUGUUAUUAAA